CGCUCUAGCCAGCGGGUGUGCGGGGCGGGCUCUCAGUGGUGCGGCCGGCGGGCGGCGAUGGCGGCCGUACGGGGCCUGCGAGUGUCGGUGAAGGCGGAGGCCCCAGCGGGGCCGGCCUUGGGGCUCCCAUCGCCUGAGGCGGACUCCGGUUUGGAGCGUGGCGAGCCGGAGCCCAUGGAGGUGGAGGAGGGCGAACUGGAGAUCGUGCCGGUGCGGCGCUCGCUGAAGGAACUGAUCCCGGACACAAGCAGAAGAUAUGAAAAUAAGGCUGGCAGCUUCAUCACCGGAAUCGAUGUCACCUCCAAGGAAGCAAUUGAAAAGAAAGAGCAGCGAGCCAAGCGCUUCCAUUUUCGAUCAGAAGUAAAUCUUGCCCAAAGAAAUGUAGCCUUGGACCGAGACAUGAUGAAGAAAGCAAUCCCUAAAGUGAGACUAGAGACAAUCUACAUUUGCGGAGUAGAUGAGAUGAGUACCCAGGACAUCUUUUCCUAUUUUAAAGAAUAUCCUCCGGCUCACAUUGAAUGGUUGGAUGACACCUCCUGUAAUGUGGUUUGGUUGGAUGAAAUGACAGCCACACGGGCCCUUAUCAAUAUGAGUUCUCUGCCAGCCCUGGAUAAGAUGAGAAGCAGGGAUGCCAGUGAGGACAAGUCAUCAGAGAAAAGUAAAAAAGACAAGCAGGAAGACAGUUCAGAGGAUGAUGAGGCUGAAGAAGGAGAAGUGGAAGAUGAAAACUCAAGUGAUGUAGAGUUGGACACGUUGUCUCAGGUAGAAGAAGAGUCUCUGCUAAGAAAUGAUCUUCGUCCAGCUAACAAACUUGCUAAAGGAAAUAGGUUAUUCAUGAGAUUUGCUACGAAAGAUGACAAAAAGGAACUUGGAGCAGCCAGAAGAAGUCAGUAUUACAUGAAAUAUGGGAAUCCAAAUUACGGAGGCAUGAAAGGAAUUCUUAGUAAUUCUUGGAAGCGAAGAUAUCAUUCCCGUCGCAUUCAGCGGGAUGUGAUCAAGAAGAGAGCCCUGAUUGGGGAUGACGUUGGCAUGACGUCCUAUAAACACCGACAUUCCGGACUAGUGAAUGUUCCCGAGGAACCUAUUGAGGAGGAAGAGGAGGAGGAGGAGGAGGAAGAGGAGGAGGAAGACGAGGAGCAGGACAUGGAUGCAGACGACAGGGUGGUGGUCGAGUACCAGGACGAGCUCCCGGCUCUCAAGCAGCCUCGGGAACGGAGCACGUCCCGGCGGUCCAGUGCCAGCAGCUCAGACUCUGAUGAAAUGGACUAUGAUCUAGAACUGAAAAUGAUUUCCACUCCUUCACCAAAGAAAAGCAUGAAGAUGACUAUGUAUGCUGAUGAAGUGGAAUCGCAGCUGAAAACUAUUAGGAACUCCAUGAAGGCAGAUACUAUAGCCGCAAGCAAUAUCAAAAACCGAAUUGGUAACAAAUUACCAUCUGAGAAAUUUGCAGAUGUCCGACAUUUGUUAGAUGAAAAACGUCAGCACACACGUCCACGGCCAUCAGGCAGCAGUACUAAAUCAGAUAUACGCCAGCGGUUAGGAAAACGACCCUAUUCUCCAGAAAAGACUAGUCACCCCGUUGUUCGGAGAGAGUCCUUUUGUGAUGUGCACAGUAGGCUAGGCGUUCCCAGGCAGGACGUUAAGGGCCUCUACUCGGAUACGCGAGAGAAGAAAUCAGGUAAUUUAUGGACUCGCUUAGGAUCUGCAUCCAAGACCAAAGAAAAGAACACGAAGAAGGUGGAUCACAGGGCUCCCAGCACUGAGGAAGAUGACUCCGAGCUGCAAAGGGCAUGGGGGGCUCUGAUUAAGGAGAAAGAACAGUCUCGCCAAAAGAAGAGCCGCUGUUACCAGCACCCUUUUCCCAAGAAAAGUCAAUUCCCAGGUGCUUAUUGGACAGCCUCCGAGGGGGAAGAUGAGGGAAGCUGCCAGCUCACCCUUCCAGGACCCUAGUGUGGGGGCCGAAUCUCAUGGACCUGACCUCAGAGAUGCACCAGUGCCACCCAGGUAGAUAAGAGAUGCAGCGUGAUCGUGCUUCCGUUCCUCCCUGGGGACUUCUGUUAGGGGCCUCUUGUAGCGAUCAGCUCGAAGUGAAGAUCAAGUUCAGUGCUGUGGGAUUUUUAGGAACAAAAAACUGUGACUUCUGGAUUUGGGGUGGAUUUUUUGUGAUGGGGUGGGGUCAUGGGUUAAUGUUGAACAAUUUUUAAGUCGGUAUUAUGUUUAAAAAAUAUUAAUGAUUUAAAAGUUUAAAUUUUUAAUUUUUAUAUGUGAAAAUACUUCCUGUUGGCUAUAGGGGAAGCUCAAGUGGUGUCUUAUGUGCUGUUAAAUAUAUAUUAUAUACUUUGGAAGAAGGCAAAGAGAGGAGUCUCAUUAUUUUUAAAUGAUCCUAAUUGUAUAGUCUUGUCUGUUGUACAUAGAGUUCAACUUGCUUUUUUUCCGCUGUAGGAAAAAAAUCCAUCCAUCCGAGAUGGGCUUCUGUUGUUUAUUAUCACUUUAGAAGUAAUACAUUGAUAUUUAUUCUGUCUCCAUGUUCUGGUACCUGAAAACAUCUUCAAAACUGGCAAAUAAGAUAAUAGUUAUAGAAAUUUUAGUUCGUUUGCUUCUAAACGCCUUUCAGAUUGUUUUACCACAAAAAGGUGUUAGAUUAUUUUGUUUUCCUGUCUGAGUUUUAUUUUCAAGUAUUUAAUGUUUGCGUCCCUCUGCAGGCUUAAAAACUGUUUCGCUUCAGUUCACUAGAACUUAGGAGUUAGAGAUAGUAAGGCUUUGUCCCUUCUGUGAUGUCACAGCUCACUUGUCUGGAGUGUUUCAGCACCCAGUGCAGCCCUGGGUUCCAGAGAUCUUUACCUAAGAAUGGUCACGUGGCUAGCUGAUUGCACUGUGGUGUCACUGCGUGUGGAACACUGAUGAUGAUACAGUGAAGGGUGGUGAGACUCGAGAGCUGCAACAAAAACUCUGUUGUCCCUAUUUUGUUGGUUGACCUGCUCUUUUCCCCUUUCCUGAGAAAAAUUAGAGCAUGUAACCAUGAUAAGUUUCAGCUUCCUAAUACGAUUCUAGGGAAGAGGUGGUUUGGGUUUCUCUGCCUGUUGAGCCCUAAGGUUUCGGAGGCUUCUCAGCUCCUCGUAUUCUGGGAAGCACACAGCUGAGCGCCAGGUUCUUGAGGAGAGGCUAGGGUUUGAGGAGUUGGCCGAAUGAGAGAACAGUAUGAGGCCCUGAGAGUCAGAGACCUGGAUGCCAGCCUCUGGCUCUGCUCCAUGGGCCUGGGCCUCGGUUUCCCCAUCUAGCAUGUGAAUGGGCUGAGAGCAGAGCUUCUGGCUUUGUUGGUGCUUGUCAGUGGUGUUUGACGCUUUCCCUCAGUGGUGGCUGCAGUGGGCUGGCCAGCACUGGUUUCUGUUGCAGGUGGGGGAAGGGUCAAGGAGACAACUGAGGGUGUGUGAGUUUGUGGGGACUCACCCCCACCCCAUUCCAGUCUCCAGGGCGACAGAGACGUCUUUGUGGUCAGGGUCCCAACCGCUGUGGUCUCUGCAGUGUUCAGAAAGUGCCCCCUCUUGGGCUUUCCUUUGUGUUUCCCAGUCAUGGUCCUUUAACAGCAGUAGUUCAGGCCCAUCUGUCCCAUGGCCUUUUUGCUCUGACCAGUCUCCUGCUGGAGAUCAGGGAAGACUUUCUGGAAGGGUGGUGGUGUGUAGUCAAAAUUGGGUCUUUGAUCUAACCAAGAAAAAGGCCCACUUCAGCAGCCUGGCAAUUCUCACAAACACGCAGAACCCAGAAAAGUAUCUGUAAAGAUUAAGUUAGUUUCUGAGUAAUCUGCCUUAGCCUCUCUUGCUCUCCAGCCUGCACUCAGGCACUCAGAUUCUGCAAUAUCUUACACGGGCCCUGAAUGCCCAGGCCCUUCCUUUGGAGUCUGGCGGGGAGAAUGAGCAGGGCAGUGCCCUGGCAGGCAGCUCUGGGCUUUUAUCCCGCGCACUCUUCACGUAUGUGGACAGAAGGGCUCCUGCGUUUCUGUAUUGCUCGUAGUCUUUACAUGUGCGAGAUUUUAAAUACGUUUUUGCUGCUCGAUAAUAGUUAGAUACCUCAUUUCUGUUUCCCACUCUACCUCUCGGGAGAGGUACCAGCUACAGGAGAACUUGUGGAGCCCCCACAAGGCAUGAAGUCUCCUCACCUGGCCUCCUCUAGUCUGAUCCCUCUAGUCCCUUCCCUUAGUUCAACCUCUGUCGUCUCCCGCUCCAUCCCUGUCGCAGCCUCUUUCCCGCCCCUGCCCCGUCUCGCCCUCUGUUCUGCACACUGCAGCCGGCGUGAGCUCGUGUUGUUAGCGGCUUUAUUGAGAUACAAUUUUUAUAGUAUACAAUUCACCCAUUUAAAGUGUACACUUCAGGGGCCUUUCGUAUGUUCACACAGAAGUACAACCAUCACUUUACUCAAUUUUAAAGCAUUUUCAUCACGGAAAAGAAACCGUCUGCCCAGUAGCAGUCACUCCCCAUUCCCUGUUCUCCCCAAUACCCGCUAACUAUUUCUGUCUCUGAAUUGGCCCGUUCUGAGCAAUUCAUACGAAUGGAAUCAUCGCUUUGUGGCUGUUUGUGACUGGCUUCUUCUCACUAAGCAUAUUUUCAAGGUUCAUCCAUGUUGUAACUUGUGUUAGUAUUUCAUUUCUUUCUAUUGCUGAAGAAUAGGCCACUGUGUGGCUGUACCCGUUUUAUUUAUCCAUUCACCUGAUAAUGGCGUUUGGGUUGUUUCUCCUUUUAGGCUGUUACAAAUAAUGCUGCUGUGAACAUUCCUGUACAGAUUUUUACAUGGACAUAUGUUGUCUUUACUCUUGGGUUGCACACCUAGGAGUGGAAUUGCUGGGUCAGACUGUAACUCGAUCUUUGUAACCUUUUGAAGAACUGCCAGACUGCUUUCCGAGGGGCUGUUUCGUUGUUCAUUUCCCCCAGCAGUGUAUGGGAGUUCCGGUUUCUCCAUAUCCGUGUCAGCGCGUGUUGUUUUCUGAUGUGAACUGGUUUCUCGUGGUUUUGAUGUGCAUAUUCCUGAGGACUAACGAUACGGGGCCUCUUUUCAUGUGCUUCAGGAUGAACUUUUGUAGGAAUGUCAUUCCCGUUAUUUCUCUGCUUAAAACCUUUCUUUACCAUUGCCCUUGGAGUAAAUUCCAAACUCCUUUCGUAGCUCCUAAGGCUGGUUAGGAUCUGGCCUCUGGCCGUAUUUCUGGCCUGUGUGCCUCAUGCUCCCCUGGCCCCUGCUGACGAGUUCCCUGGACCCACGUUGAUCUCACCAACCUUUCACACCUGCUCAGUGCUGUUCCCGCAGCGACAGCGACAGCGACAGCCUCGCCUGGUCCUGGCCCCCUCCUGCCACCCAGCGUCCAGAGCCAGGUUACGGGCCCCUGUGUGUGUCCCACAGCACUGCCACGUAGGAGUCUCAGCUCAUUCCAGGGUUAGGUUAGAAAGUUAUGCCUCCGAUAAAAAUUGAGUAAUCGCAAUUCCUCUAGGAAACCCUGAGGAAAGUGCCAUGUUGGAGACCAUCGUCACGAGGUCCAUGUGAGCACAGCUGGUGCCUGCCCUGUGGGAACAGAUCACGGUUUCUUUGGUUGAGCACCAGGUAAAGUGUUGGUCUGCAAUAUAGGGCCAUGUGGUGUAAAACACACUUAUUUGUAGGUGUCAGAAUCACACUCAGGCGAGAAGCUCGCGUUGAAAGAGGCUCUUGGGAACUGAGCCGGCCACAGGAGCCGCAGAGCACGAGCUCGCCUCUGGCCUCCCUGCUCAGGGAGUGGAGGAGCAGGGGGAAUGGCCCAAAGGACCGAAAACGGUUUUUUGUUUUCCUGUCUCUUUUUUUCCAUUGUGUUUGCUUCAGUGAAGUGUGUGUAAAAUACCAAAUGUCUGUACACCUUUACACUGGAUUGUAUUCCCUGUUCCUGCUUUGUCUUUUUGCUAGACUGUAAGCUCUGUGAGAGCAGGGACCACGUCUGGCUUGUUGCUGGGGUUUCCCCGGUCCUAGUACCACGUCUGGCACCUGGUGGGUCCCCCAUAGACGUGUGAGAAUGUGUGUGUCACCAGCUGCAGGAGCAGCUCCAUCUUCUGAGGCCCUGGGGUCCUCUCGCAGGCUAGUCCUUGCUUGUCUGCUGUGUACACACAGCGCUUGGUUUUCCCAUUUUGUUUUCCCUGCUAGCCUGUGAGCUCCUGGUGAGCAGGUGUCUUCAUGGUAUUUCUCUAUCCUCCCACCACGCCAGUACAGAGUAAGUGGUGCUUAAGAAGUGUUCGGUGAAUGAAUGAAUUGUGGUAACCCAACCCUGCUGUGGCCCUUUUGUCUACAGGCUACAGUUUACUUCUAGCUGAGACCAGCAGAUCCAAAAGGAGGAAGAUGAAUCAGAAGUGCACACACUGUACUUGUAUAAGAAAAAAAAAAAUCUCAUUAAUACGAUCUCAAUAAAAUUCAAAUUUUGGUGGUCUGGCCAUGUCUGAGCUGAAGCUCACCCAGCUCUAUACAGAAUUUGCUAGGGAAUAACGUAGAUCAGAAUAGUUUUUUAGAAGGUGUUCAUUCCCCCCAAGAGCAGGGAAGGAAGCUGGCAGGUGGAUGAGAGGCCCCCAAGAGGGACCAGCUGCGCCCGUUCAGCCUCUGAUCCUAUUGGUGAAGAAAGUGACGGCAGUCCAGAGAAGGCCCGAGGACAUGGAGCUUUUUGCCUAAAGCAGCUCUCACAGGAAGCAUUCUUAAUGUUAGGCGGAAAUGCCAGCAGGCAGUUUGGAUUCGAGUUAACACCAAAUCAUGGCUUCACAGCUUAAUUGCUGCACAAGUGAGUUUGAUGUGUAGUUAUUUGCUUUUAAAUCUUGUGUAACAAGAAGGAAAUUAGAAGUUACGCCACUUUUUUCUUUUAAGAACUAAAAGGACAGUGUGUUUUUGUAAUCUUGAGAGUAGCACAUUUGCUUCAAGGCUGAUUGUUAUUGUGUGAUCUGACCACCAACUACCAGGACUUUCUCUUACAUGUUUAUAUAAUAAAUCUUAGAAAAAAAUACUGGAGCAUUUUUUUUAAAUGAAAUUCAUGAACAUUUCACAGAACUCUGAUGUUCCUUGGAGCAAUUAAGGAAAUGCUGGCUCAAAAACCUAUCUCAAAUAGUUACAAGGCAUGGAAGUGGGACUUUGCUGUGCUAUAAAUAAAACUAGAGUAUGGGUAGUAUUUAACCUACCAAAAUCAAUGCCCUGCCUUGGGGUUCUUAUUUGUUUUUGUUUAAGCAAUUCUAGAGACCCUCUGGAUGGCCAUAUUCUUUAGUGGUUAAGACUUGUGUUACCUCAGACUGCCACCGUCUCCCCUGGGGGUUACUGAGGGCAAAAGGCCCACACGAUUGGCAAGAGAUGGGACAUGGCCUUCCUGUUCCUUCCUGGGGUUGUGUGGUUUUAUACUGCGAUGCGUCCCCUCUUGUCAUUGAUAAGGGUUCCUCAGGGAGCCUGUGAGCAGGAGGCAGUGCUUUUAGGUCGAGUGUCUUUCACGGAGGAUCACAUAGAAUGGGGGCUGCGGCUGGGAAUUCACUCUGUCUCAUGUACAAACCGGAAACGACUGAGCGAGUCCCUUCACCUGUCUGGACCUCAGUUUCCCUGUCAAAUGAAGGGCUUGACUGAGAUGAUCUCCAGUGUCCUUUUAGUGUCAAUGUGAGUUCUAGGAUCUUCGCUGUACUUUGCCAAGGAGCAUGAGGACUGGAAGCUGGACAGGAAACAGGGUAGGGGCAAGCCUGAGGUCUACGCCCUCGGACCCUGGGUUCCAUGACCCAAUGCAAACUCCCCUCCUCCAGCCCCUCAGUUAUGAAAGGACACAAGGAGCCUCUCCUUUGCUCCUUCCCCACGAAGGCCCCCUUUCCCAACACACACACACACACACCUGACUGUUUGGGAGCUUUCUUAGGAGGUAGCCCAGUGUAUGAGUCCGCUUGGGCUACCAUUGACUGGGUGCCUUCAACAACACGUUUAUUUCCUCACAGCCUAGAGACCAGAAGUCCAAGUUCAAAAGUCCAUACUAGGGUUCUGGUGAGGCCUGUUCCUGCCUUGCAGGUGGCCAUCUUCUCCCUGCUCACGUGGCCUUUCCUUGGUGCGUGUACAUGGAGAGCGGGAUCUCUUCCUCUUCUGAGACCACCAAGCCUCUAGGAUUAGGCCCGACCUUGAGACCUUAAUUAUCCCUAAAGGCCCUAUCUCCGUAUAUAGUCAAAUUGGGGGUUAUGGCAUCAACAGAUUAAGUCGGGGAGGGGACACAGGUCAGUCCACAGCACCCAGUAAUACAAGGAUCCCAGUAUAUGUUUGUGGAAUGAGGUCCCUGCUUUUUAAUAGCUCAUGGGAGGGAUUUAGACCAUGGAUCUAAAGGCACUGGGGUUUGUAGUGGUUCAGAGUCCUGGUUCUGGAGGAGACCGACCAGUUUUGAGUCCCGUCUGCCACUUACUAGCCAUAUGGCUUUGGGCAAAUUACUUAACCACUGUCUCCGAGCCAGCCUCCUCAUCUGUGGAAUGGGGAUGACCCAGCAGGGUGGCCCUGAGGGUCAGCUGAGGGCUUGCAUGGAAGGCCCUUGGCACAGAGGCCGGCACGCCAGCCUGAGCGCUCACAACGGAAGGGAUUACUACGUGCUGCUCUUCAGUCUUAGCUGCUCUUUGCCAGCUCUCCUCCACUGCAGUCCUCGCGCUAGGCUCCUGUGUCGGUAACGUUCUGACUUCCAAAUUCCCUCUUUCCAGCUUCCUAGGACUCAGAAGGCAAGUGGGUAAUUAGAAACGUUUUCUGGUGUGGGAGCUAUGAGGCAGGGCUGUGGGGACACCCCCACUCCUGGUGAGCACAGGUAGCAGUGCUUUUGGCUCACUCUCAACUCUCCGAGGAGUUAGUCCUUUUACUUCAUGCUCAACACGGCUCUUCCAUUCUGUAACUUUUAAAACUUUAUUUUGAAACUGCAGAACCUUUCAACUGUAGAAUAAAGAACACUUUGCCACAUUUUAUUUAUUCUUUCCCUCGUCCUCUCCCCUCUCCUUUACCUCUCUCUGAACCGUGAACUAUUUGAGUUACUUGCAUAGGUUAUGUCCCUUACCCCCUAAAUUUUUAGUGUACGUUUCCUAAGAACAAGGACAUUCUCUCAUAUGACCGUAGUAUAGUAAUCAAAUUCAGGAAACAUAUAAUUUUACCUAAUCAGUAGUAUCUAAUCUAUAAUUCAUGUUUCAGUUUUGCCAACUGUCGCAAUAAUGUUUUUCCCCCCCAAAUUACAGUGUAUUAUAUCUUAUGACUUUACUUUUUCCCCCUGUUUUUAAUGAAAAUAAAUUCCAGCUAGAUUUCAUGCCCUCCAUGUAACUCUCCACAAUCAAACCAUUCACCUCUUAUCUUUCUGGCCAUAACCAGAGACUUGAAUUUCUGGUUACCAUUCUCAGGAACAGUACUCUGUUUUACUGAACCAAUAAUGUUUUUUAAAACAAUUAUUUUUCUGCU